AUGUCGGACGACCGUAAGCCCUCCGUGGUGCUGGAAGCCCACGAGGUCGACACUUAUCACGUUCCCAAAGCUUUCCACGACAAGCACCCCACCGGCACCCACAUCAAGGAUAUCGAUGAGUACAAUAAGCUCUAUGAAGAAUCCAUCCGCAGCCCGGACACUUUCUGGGCCCGCAUGGCCCGUGAGCUUCUCACCUUCGACAAAGACUUCCAGACCACCCACCACGGUUCCCUUGCCAAUGGUGAUAAUGCCUGGUUCGUGGAGGGCCAGUUGAACGCUUCCUUCAACUGUGUUGACCGUCACGCCCUGAAGAACCCCGACAAGGUCGCCAUCAUCUACGAAGCCGACGAGCCCAACGAGGGCCGCUCCAUUACAUACGGCGAGCUCCUCCGCGAGGUCUCCCGCGUCGCCUGGACACUGAAGCAGCGUGGUGUCAAGAAGGGUGACACCGUCGGUAUCUACCUUCCCAUGAUUCCCGAGGCCGUCAUCGCCUUCCUGGCCUGCUCCCGUAUCGGUGCCGUCCACUCCGUCGUAUUCGCCGGUUUCUCCUCAGACUCUCUCCGCGAUCGCGUGCUCGACGCGAACUCCAAGGUCGUCAUCACCACCGACGAGGGCAAGCGUGGUGGUAAGGUCAUUGGCACUAAGCGCAUUGUUGAUGCGGCGCUCGAGCAAUGCCCCGAUGUGACCACUUGCCUGGUUUACAAGCGCACUGGCGCCGAGGUUCCCUGGACCGAGGGCCGUGAUAUCUGGUGGCACGAGGAGGUCGAGAAGUACCCCAACUACCUCGCCCCCGAGCCUGUUAACUCCGAAGACCCUCUUUUCCUUCUCUACACCUCCGGCUCGACUGGAAAGCCCAAGGGUGUUAUGCACACCACUGCCGGCUACCUGCUGGGUGCCGCCAUGACCGGAAAAUAUGUCUUUGAUAUCCACGAUGAUGACCGCUACUUCUGUGGCGGUGAUGUCGGCUGGAUUACUGGUCACACCUAUGUAGUUUACGCCCCUCUGUUGUUGGGAUGUGCCACCGUCGUUUUCGAGAGUACCCCCGCUUACCCCAACUUCUCGCGCUACUGGGAUGUCAUCGACAAGCACGAUGUUACUCAGUUCUAUGUUGCCCCCACCGCCCUGCGCCUGCUGAAGCGUGCCGGUAACGAGCACAUCCACCACAAGAUGAAGUCCCUGCGUGUACUCGGCUCCGUCGGUGAACCCAUUGCUGCUGAGGUCUGGAAGUGGUACUUCGAGGCUACUUACUGGCAAACCGAGACCGGUUCCAACGUGAUCACACCUCUGGGCGGCAUCACCCCCACUAAGCCUGGUAGCGCCUCGCUUCCAUUCUUUGGAAUCGAGCCCGCCAUCAUUGACCCUGUCUCCGGAGAGGAGAUCACCGGUAACGAUGUUGAGGGUGUCCUUGCCUUCAAGCAGGCAUGGCCUAGCAUGGCCCGCACAGUCUGGGGUGCUCACAAGCGCUACAUGGAUACCUACCUGAACGUUUACAAGGGCUACUACUUCACCGGAGAUGGCGCUGGUCGCGAUCACGACGGUUACUACUGGAUCCGUGGCCGUGUUGAUGAUGUUGUUAACGUUUCCGGUCACCGCUUGUCCACUGCGGAGAUUGAGGCUGCUCUCCUCGAGCACCCCAUGGUUGCUGAGGCCGCUGUCGUUGGUAUCGCCGAUGAACUGACCGGCCAGGCCGUCAACGCCUUCGUUGCCCUGAAGGAAGGCAACGAGACCAAUGACGAGGUUCGCAAGGACCUUGUGAUGCAGGUCCGCAAAUCCAUUGGACCUUUCGCUGCCCCUAAGACCGUCUUCGUUGUUGAGGAUCUCCCCAAGACCCGCAGUGGAAAGAUCAUGCGCCGCAUUCUGCGUAAGAUCCUGAGCGGUGAGGAAGACAGCCUGGGUGACACUUCGACGCUGUCCGACCCCAGCGUAGUUGACAAGAUCAUUGCGACGGUCCACGCGUCGCGUCGCAAGUGA